UAUUUUUUGGCAACUAGAUGUUAUAAUUUCCUCGUUAAAAUUGUUCUUAAAAAUCGUUUUUUUCACUAAUUUAAUUGAAAAACCACCAUUCCAGCUUGCACGUUUAAAUGGUAAUUUAGUUAACUCCUAAUGAGAAAAGAUGUCCAAUCAAAAUCAAAGUGUUCGCAGUGCCAGCACCAACUCCAACAACAGUAGCUGCACAAUUAGCAACGUCAACAUUGUCAGUAAUAGUAGUAGUAGUGGUAAUAACACUAAUCCUAAUUCUAACAACAUGAACAACAGCAGCGUUAAAGAUGUUACUAAAGUUCGACUGCACGUUUCAAAUAUUCCAUAUGAUCUUAGGUGGCAAGAUUUGAAGGACCUUUUCAAAGAUAAAGUUGGCUCAGAUGUGUGUUAUGUUGAAAUUUACGAGGGAAUCGACGGCAAAAGUACUGGGGCUGGGGUGAUUGAGAUUAAAGGUAGAGAGCUGGCAGAUCGAGCUAUAGAACUGUUGCACAAAACUGAAUUGAAAAAUCGACAGAUUAUCGUCAGAGAGGAAAAGGAAAAAGACAGGCUACAGUAUGGGAAGCUGCAGAAUCCAUCAAGUUCCAUGAACCAUGACCACAUGAACGGCGUUAUGGGCGGCACUGCUGUUGGUGGAGCCAUUAAUAAUGCUACCAACUCCAUCAGUCUUGGCCUACAGCUUCUAUAUCAGCUGGGCAUCGAUACUGAGAAUAUUACCAACCAGAUCUUCAUUGCCAACCUGGACUACAAUGUGACGGCGAAGAAACUGAAGGAUGUGUUUAUAAUGGCAGGCAGUAUCUUGCAGGUCGACUUGAAAGUCGACAAGGAGGGCUCCAGUAGAGGAAUGGCUACCAUUCGAUAUGAGAGUCCCAUUGAGGCUGUUCAGGCCAUCACAAUGUUUAAUGGACAGUACCUGUACGAACGACUAAUGAACGUACGAAUGGACAAGAUGUCUGAAUCCUCCCCGCAAUUCAUCCCUAACAUUCUCCCUGCCGGAUUAAAAGGAGUGGGUAUCGGGCUGGGUGUUGGAGGUCAACCUCUGCUCAAUGUUGGCCACAUUGCUAAUGCCAUGGUUCUAAGCCAGCUAAUUAGCCUUACAGCAUCUGGUGGUUUCCUGAACGCCAGCCCCCUCCAGCCGUCAUCAGCAGGCAACUCGUUAGCAGUGGUAGCAGCAGCGGCCACACAGCAAUCGGCCACUAACAACAACCACCACAACUACAACAGCUACCCGCGCAACAGCAACAUUGGCGGUCCGCUUUCAUCCAUGUGCCCGCUGCCCCCGUCCUCGAGAAACUUCAACCCCUUACAGCAACAAAACCCCGGUGCCUUGCUCUCAAAUAUUGCCCAAUCAGGUGUCAGCAUGGAUGCCGGAAGUGGCGGCAGUGGCUUCAACAUCCUGAAUGAGUUGAGGUCGUACAACUGGCCGAAUCCUAAUUUUGGAUUUGCGAAUCCACGCCUGCCUAACUCCUAUCACAAUGGGGGCUACUACUCCCAUAAUUCUCCUCAUCAUCUUCCUCAUCAUCUUCCUCACCAUCAUCAUCAGCAGCAGAUGUACGCUGGUGGUGGUGGUGGAAUGGCUAGGCAGCAUGGAGAUGGAACUACUGUUAUUGUUAAAAAUUUACCAUACAGUACAACAUGGCAACACUUGAAAGAUAGAUUCAAGGAAGCAGGCGACAUACAGUACGUUGACAUUAAGAUGGAGAAUGGCAAGUCUAAAGGAAUUGGCUCUGUUAGGUUCAGUAAUGCUGAUACUGCCAGAAGAGCUGUUUCAAUUUUGAAUGGCACAAAGAUAGAUGGCAGACAAAUUGAAGUGAAAUUCGAACUUUAAUAUCAUCACCAUCAUCAUUAUCAUCAUCACCAUCAUCAUCAAUAUCAUUACCAUCAUCAUCAUUAUCACCACCAUCAGUAACAACAACAAUAUCAAUAACAACAACAACAACAUCGGUGUCUUCAACAACACCAUCAUCACCAUCUUCAAUAGUAAUAAUAAUAAUGAUGAUGACAUCAUCAUCAGCAGCAAAACAACAACAACUACUACUACUUUACAUAAAUAACCAUAAUUUUAUAUUUAUUGUACAUCUUUGAUAUAUUUU